AUGGCACUGCGGUUCGAGGCAUUGUACCCAGAGGGGCUGUGUCCUGGCUGGAGCGUGAUAGUUAAAGGUGAAACAAACUCCAAUGCAAAUAUGUUUGAAAUUAAUUUCUUCUGCAACGCAGGAGACCAAAUCGCUUUCCACUUUAACCCUCGCUUCACUGACUCCAAAAUCAUCUGCAACUCCUUCCUAUCCAAUCUCUGGGGGCUAGAAGAAGUAACUGACACCUUCCCCCUAAAAGCAAAGGAACCUUUCCAGAUCGAAAUCUACUCUGACCCAGACUAUUUCCAUGUUUCUAUUGAUGAAAACAAAAUCCUCCAGUACAAGCAUCGGCAGAAACAGCUCUCGGCUAUCACCAAACUGCAGGUCGUGAAUGAUGUCAGAAUUUCUUCAAUGGAAAUCACCAAACGUGGUCUUUAUUAG